CGACGCGGAACCCCGUGGCCCGGAAGUUAUACCCUGAACAGCCUCCGGGUUAGAGGUUGCACUUCCGGUGGACGCAGCAGCAGGAGGUAAACAGUGAGAGCGAAACGGCGGCAAAGUGCGAAACGACUUACCUGUCAGCUCUGAAACAAACUGAAGAUGUUGAGGAGGAAACCAACUCGUUUGGAGCUGAAGAUCGACGACACUGAGGAGUUUGAGAGCGUCAAGAAGGAGCUUGAGGUCCUCUCACUUUAUACCAAUCAAUCAGCCAGGAAACGUCAGCGAGAGGAGGCAGAGUCAGGAGGUGGAGUGGGUGGGGCCUCUGUUAUUGGUGUUGACAUCAUUGGGGGUGGAGCCUCUGCUUCAUCCUCCACAGCAGUGUCGAGGGCAGAACUUAUCAAUGAGCGAAUCGGCUACAAGCCCCACCCCAAACCAGCAACGCUGCCAACCUUAUUUGGAAGUUUACAGUUUUAAUGAUUAAUAAAGUUUGAUGAGAAAAAGG